GUAUCAAUCCUUAGCUCUUCUAUUUCUAAUUUUCUACUAUUCAUUUAUUUUGUUGAAAACUUUUCAGUUUCUCUCUUCGAUUUCAGCCGCUGCAUCCUGGCCUCGACCUCUGGAGGGUUUAGCAUCUCAAAGGUCAUAGAUGGUCGAUUGUCAGUAAUUUUCCGCAGCUCUUCAGUGAAUUUUCCUCUUCUUCUCUGUUAUAGCCUUGCUGGAGAGAUUGUUGGCAAUUUGAGCUGAGCGUGUUUCCUCUUGGGGUCAAAACCGAACCGCUGCAACCUAACUCACUUCUAGUACCCUCUCAUUGGAGCAGAAGCAUUAACGGAAAUGCCCCUGCUAAGGCUGUGACAGGAUUAUAGUCGCUCGCUCAUACGCAGGACUCCUGCGGCAAGAGAGCUAAUUUAUAAUCUUCAUACGGUUGUUAUAUAUUCUUGAUAAUGCCCAAAGAGCUUCCAGGGUUCUACUAUGACUCGGAGAAGAACAGGUAUUUUCCUGUCAAGGGACCAAUCCCUGGCUCUUCCAGGAAACGGAAAUCUCCUCCACCGGCCUCCACUGGGAAGGAAAAAGAUGAGCAUAAGAGCUUGAAAAUCAGAAGUAAUACUCUUCUCCAGGGUAGGGAAUUGUGUGGCCAGUUGAUAACUAACAGGAAAGGAAAGUUCAGUUUUCAAAUGGAAUACCAGAAGAGACGAGCUUCACAACCUAUGUUUUGGAAGUAUCUUGGCACAGAAAGAAUUGUAGAUAAUGCAAUGGAGCAUACAACAGUUGGUGUAGAAAGUCCUCAGGGCAUUGUCAAAACAGAGCUUUUGCUGACCGGCAGUUCGAAUGGGCUAUUUUGUCUUUUUGAAGUAGGAAGGGAUGCUGAAGAAGAAAUUAAUAAUGCUGCAAUGCUACUGCCAGAUCGUGUAUGGCCAUCUGGUUCUGCUAACUCUAAAGGGUACAUCCAAUUACCAUGGCUUGCAUGGAGAAGUCUAGGAUCCGGCCUACAUAUUUCGCCUGCUAUUUCGUGCAUAAAGAUGUGCCAGAGGGAUCGUCAUCCAGUUGAAAAUACUUCUUUAAAUCACGCACUUGUAACCACCCUGGGGUCUGAAAUAUCUGGUGGAACAGUCCAUAUUCUGAACCUCAGUGAACCAGUUGAUUUAAAUCCAUUUCUGGUGCAGAGGCCAACGUCUCGAGUUGCCUCUUUUGACUAUACAGUUUGGACAGCAGACUGCACCUUUGAUGGAAGUCGAGCAGUGAUAGGCACCAAUAUGGGAGCUGCUCUGGUAAAUGUGGAUACUGGAGUGACAUCAUGGAUUUGUCGCUGUAAAAGUGAUGUUCUAUCUUUACAAUUAGAUCAAUCGGGUAAUAUCGCUUUGUGUGGGCUGAGGAAUGGAACAAUUUUAUCUGUUGAUGCUCGCCAAAGACCUCAGAAUUUUUCUGUUAGACUUCCUAAGCACCAGAUUCCUUGCCAUCCUCACAAUAUUUCAAGUGGACGAUCUAAGAAAUUUCACAUGGAACAAUUCCCGGUCAAAGGGAACUUAUGCAGUUCUGAUACAAUAUCUAUGCCAUCAUCUAUUUCAUGUAUUGCGUCCCUGGUGCUGUAUGAUCAGUAUUUCUUGGCAAGCUCCAUGGAUGGAUCGAUCAACUUAUAUGAUAAUCGGCUAACUCAGAGAGGCGCUAUGCAAUCUUAUGAAGGCAAUGUCAAUUCUCAUACACGCAUACAGCUAGGAGUUGAUCCAUCAGAGAGUAUUAUCAUGUCCGGCGGAGAAGACUGCUACUUGCGGCUUUGGAGUAUCAAAUCUGGUGAAUUGUUGUUCCAAGAAAAAUUCAUGGAUACAAUCCCCUCCGUACUAUGCUGGCCUGGAAUGGAAGUCUGCAUUUGGCCCUCCCCUCCAAAAAACAUCUUCCAAACUGACUAUAAGUGGCCGGAAUAUGGAGCGGAGCACCAAAACAUUCCCCCCUGCAUGACACAUCGUUUUACCGUCUUUGUCAGCAAGUACAUGAACCUUUUGACAGGGAUUCACGGUUUACGGAGUAGGACACAAGGGGCUUGGCUUGGAUCCAAAGAAGGCCUAUUUCAUAUAGGCUGGCCCUGAUGUAAGUUCCUUUGAGGUUUUGGUAUCUCAAAUUUCGGCUUAUGUUUGAGGAAUCAAUGUUGCAAGACACACUGAGUAAGAACAUGGUGCAACCUGUCCAUCACUCGCAUUAAGAAACAGGCGAAAGUCCAUCUUUUGUGAUGAUUUAUUUAUGUGUGUGUAAUGAGAACCGAACCUGGAAAUUCAGUUGGCCAGUGGCCACACACCCUUUGAGCUUUCUGCAAGUGGCUGCAAAUUUCUUUGGUGACAAAAAGUAAACAGCAUUUUGGAGUUGGUUGACAGGUCUUAACUUCGAGGGGUCUCACCUGCCUGAUAUAGUAAAUAUGCUACCUAGGAAUUAGUAUUUUCUCUGAGUUUUGUACAUCAGGAAACAAUUUGAGAUGAUAAUUUUGUAUGUGCACACUAGCUUUUAUAGUUCAUACCAUUUACUCAUUGGAAAAACUGAAAAAGGAGCAGAUGCUUUUGAACAAAUCUCUCACAUUUAUUUUGGUAUUCUAAAUACAAAAAUUGUAAAGUUGGAACCCAUAUGUCCAGUGUCCUUAUGUACAAGUCUUAGUAUAACUGUGUGUU